UAUAUGAAAACAGGACGCCUCUUAAGGCGUUUCCUUCGCCAACAAAAAAGACAUUUCACCGACCAUGUUUUUUUACAGGUGAAACACGCUUGCACGUUGUGUGACCGAUUCCACUGUCGACCACAGUAAUAGCACUGGUUCCAUGCGAACUAGAGCCGCUGAACGCCGAGCGAGAAAGCGAAAGAGAAGCGAUCUGUCCGUCCUGCCGUCUGCUGGGAUGGAGGAGCCGCAGCCGCAGCAGCAUUUUAACCGCGAGGAGAUCAACGGCACCGUGUGGGAAGUUCCGGUCAAAUACGUGCGAUUAAAGCAGAUCGGAACCGGAGCCUACGGCACAGUGUGCUCAGCUAUCAAUGAAAAAACCCAGGAGAAAGUUGCCAUCAAGAAGCUUCACCGGCCGUUCCAGUCGGAGAUCUUUGCGAAGAGAGCUUACCGGGAGCUCAGACUGCUAAAACACAUGAAGCAUCAAAAUGUGAUAGGAUUGCUGGACGUGUUUACUCCCGCCACUCGGCUGGAAUCCAUUCAGGACUUCUACCUGGUGAUGCCGUACAUGUACACAGAUCUGUCCAAGGUGCGAGGUGUGCUCUCAGAAGAUCGUGUGCAGUUCCUGGUCUACCAGAUGCUCUGUGGACUAAAGUACAUUCACAGCGCUGGCAUCAUUCACAGGGAUCUGAAACCAGGCAACCUGGCAGUGAAUCAAGACUGCGAGCUGAAGAUAUUGGACUUUGGCUUGGCAAGGCAUGCAGAUCAAGAGAUGACUGGUUAUGUUGUGACAAGAUGGUACAGAGCACCUGAGGUUAUUUUAAAUUGGAUGCACUACAACCAGACAGUGGACAUCUGGUCAGUAGGGUGCAUAAUGGGAGAAAUGUUCAACGGAAAGACACUCUUCAAAGGAAAAGACUACAUGGACCAGCUGGUUCAAAUCAUGAAGGUAACAGGGACGCCUGGCCCAGAAUUCAUCGAGAAACUAGAAAGCCAGGAGGCAAAGAACUAUGUGAAAUCACUUCCCUUUUAUCCACGGAAAGAUUUCUCUGCACUGUUUCCAAGGGCCAGCGAACAAGCGGUGGACCUGCUGGAGAAGAUGCUGGUUUUAGACACUGAUACACGAGUCACUGCUGAUGGUGCACUGGCCCACAGUUACUUUAAUGAACUGAGAGAUGCAGAUGACUGUCCGGAGCCCAAGCCAUAUGAUGACAGUUAUGACAAUGCCACACUGCCCCUAGAGGAGUGGAAGAGGUUGUCGUUUAAAGAAGUGAAGAGUUUUGUUCCGUUUCCAAGAAGAGACUCGAAGAGGAGAAACACACUGACAAUGUCUCAGUGAUGUUACACUAUGUCACAGCCAUGCCUGUAUCUAUGUAGAUGAUGUGGUGCAAAGGACCUGGGUGUGGAAAUGUUUACACAUAAACCUAUUACAAGUCAUGACAAUCCAUGAUGAGUUAGCAAUGAAUGUGUCUUUGUUGUGUACCUGAUAAGUGGGCUUAUGGAUGUACUGCUGUUACAGAAGUGGCUGCCUUUUAUUUUGUUGCCUUGAAGCCUUUUUUUAGGUUUGAAAUUAUAUAAAAAGUGAUAAUAUUACUUGGAUUCUUUGAUUCAGACCUGUUACAUUGUGGAUUUCUGUGCUCAGGAGACAAAAAAAAUGCCUAGAUACUCUGUAAAGAGCUGUACAGUUUUUCACCAUUAAAGUCUCUAUAUAUUUCUUAGAUUGAACAGAGCCGAUUACAAUUGCAAUAGUGCCCAUAAGUGUAUAUUGUAAGAUAUACCACAGCACUGUGCAUUAAAACCACUUCGGUUGCUCAAGUGGCACACUGAUGUUUAAGAACAACUUGACAAAGGGCUGAGGGAGUAAACGAGGAGAAUGAAAUGAAUAACUGAGGUGCAGUAUAAUAAUUAGUUGGCUUUAAAAUCUAUGGUGGGUGUGUCAGGAUCCUCCACAGCAAUAGUCCAGAGGAAAGCAGAUGGGAUUCAAAUGAAAUGUUACUGAUUGCACAUGCCAUCAGAUGGUGGUCUGACCAAUUAAAGGGAACACGGUGUGUGUAAUAUGGAGGCUUUUCUGUUACGUUAAAGUUUACUUUUAUUUGAUUACUUUCAGCACAGCAGGUAUAUACAGUAUGGUUACAUAUCACUAACCCUUACACCUCUGUUAUAGUUGUUAUAGAUAUUGAGCUUUAUGUAAUACUCAUUUGCCAGGUUAUGCUAUGAAAUCAUUUGUGAAUGUUGUUUAUGCUGCAUAGCUUUGUAAGAUGCAUUUGGCAAUGAUAAUGAAACAAGUAUACAUUUGACAAUCAGCAAUGUAGUAUUUUACUGAUUACAUUUUUAAAUAAAUGCCUUAAUUAAAAGACUACAAGAAUAUAUGCCCCAAA